CGCAGAGCCAUCCCAGGAGCUAGGCAACCGUGCACUGCCUGCCUCGAGGACAGUCCAUUUCUCUGCCUGCCCAUGUGUGGGGGCAAAGCCAAGCGACUCCCUAGACGUGACCCUGGCCUUUUGGCUGCUCUCCUCUGGAUGCUGGGGAGCCUUUUGACACAGCCCAGAAGCCUUCCUGACAGUGAGGCUGAGCCUUCAAGGGCAUCAUCUCCUUGACUCCGCGUUGCUGAGACGCUGGCUGACGGAGACCUGGCAGAGGGAGUUGGAGCUGGGUGUUCGGAGCGACGUGCCUGUAGGAGCCUGUGACAAGCUGAGGAAUCCAGGCUCUGCCAGCCAGCACCAUGCUGUCCCCAAAGAAAGGUCUGCUGUGCAACCUCAACCACAUCCACCUGCAGCACAUCUCCCUGGGGCUGCACCUCUCCCGUCGACCCGAGCUCCAGGAGGGCCCUGUCACGAUGGCUCCGGGAGACCAGACAGGCUGCAGCGACUGCCAGGAGAACUGUGCUGCCCUGGAGGAAGUCGACGCCAACUCCAACAACACCUCCAUGCAGUGCCGGUGCUGCAAGUCCCACCCGCAGCAGACCCCAACGCUGGAUCUCCGGAACCAGCCUCUCCUGGAGGAUUUCCCUUCCCUGCACAUGGAGGAGGAGGUGGCUUCCCCUUCAGACCCGGCUUCCUCCUCUGUCAGCAGCUGCUCCGAUUUCAGCUUGGAUGACACACCAGUCUCUGUUUACUGCAAGGCAUUCCCCGGUGAAGAGGCCCUAUCUCCGGACAAUCAGCCAAACAUCGUCCCCCUGGAGGAUGCCCACGAUGCUCCCUCAGUGACUGACAAGGGGCAACCGUCUGAUGGGAGAGAUGCUAACCUCAACCUCCAGGUACAAGAGCGACCAGACCCUGGGGCCCGGGAGACCCCAGACAGCCUGUGCAGCAGCAGUUUGCUUGACUCCCCACCUGAUGAUGCUGACUCUCCCAGCGGGGAUGGGCAGGAGACCAUGGCAGAACCGCUCCCCACCACUGUCUGUGCUAUGUUGGACUCCAACUGCAAUGCCCUGCCUGCCCUAAGCAUCCAGCCGUCUGGUCUGCCUGCGCUAGCACCAGGAAAGCGGGGCCCCAGUCUGAACAGUGCAGUGAGGGCUCCCCCUCCAGUGCCCCCGAGGGCUAAGAGGGGGCUGCAGGUGCUGAACAGGAGCGGAGUGGAGAGGCCUGUCCCAACAGAGGUGCCCGCUGGAGACCAGUGCAGAGAUGCCGCUCGGAAGACCGUCACCUCAUUCCAUGAGUUGGCUCAGAAGCGGAAGAGGAACAUGGCUGGGCCACCCACCGCACAGGCUGGGAAGGACCGAAGCGACUGGCUAAUUGUUUUCUCCCCCGACAAGGAGCUGCCACCCCACAACGAGCUCACCUGCUGCUGCACCCUGUGCCCGGAGCCGCCUGGGCACCAGCUGCAGCGCGACGAGCAGGCAACGCCCCCCAGCUGCAGCCAGAGGGAGGUGACCACGUUCAAGGAGCUCCGGUACCGCAAUGCCAUCAACAAGCAGAAGGGCCAGCUGGCCUGGGAGCCGGGGGACAGAGCAGCAUACCAGGAGCAGCCUGAGUCCCAGCAUGCAGCAAUGGGCAGAGACGUCUCCAGUGGCAACAGGCUCCAGGGUCCCGACUGGGCGCUGGCUCCGCAGCUGGACGGGCACCUCCUGGCACUUAUGGAAAGCCACCAGCCGAGGAGGCAGUCUCGGCCUGGGCUGCAGCCCAUCACAGAGGGGCUGCCGGGUGACACAGAGGAAGGGGGGCGACCCCUGGAGGGCUACAUCCUGAGGAGAAAGAUGCCUGGGUCUGGCUGUGAUAAGGAGGCACUGGGCUGGAGGCUCGGGGGACCGGAGGGGGAUCCCUGGGUGUCAGGGAAGGCCCAAAGAGGACACAGAGCCUGCAAGGAGGUCAGACAUUCUCAGUCCUUUGCCGGUGUCCCAGGGGCAGGCCAGCACUGGAUGGCAAAUGCAGACAGAGCCUAUGACCAUCUGAGAGAGCAAAAGAAAGCCCUGCUGGUUGGCAUCAGCGCCUCUGUGGAGAAGCUCAUUGCUCACUUCAACACGGCACGGAGCCUGGUGCAGAAGACGCAGCUGGGCGACAGCCGGCUAAGCCCAGAUGUGAGCUACCUGCUGCUCAGCACCCUGUGCCCGGCGCUCUAUGCCCUGGUGGCAGAUGGGUUGAAGCCCUUCCAGAAGGACAUCAUCACGGGCCAGAGGAGGAGCUCGCCCUGGAGCGUGGUGGAGGCCUCGGUCAAGCUGGGCCCCGGCACUCGGCCCCUGCACUCGCUGUACUGGCAGGUGUCCCAGCUGGCUCCCCUCUGCAGCAGCAGGCAGAGGUUCCAUGCCUUCAUACUCGGUCUUCUGAACAUAAAGCAGCUGGAACUGUGGCUCUCCCACCUGCAGAAGAGCUCAGAUGUCAUCUCGGUCCUCUACCUGCCCACGGCCUUCUUCUCCCUGAGCCAAGGCCCCUUCCCGCACUUGGCCCGUGAGCUGCUGCUCCUUGUCCAGCCCCUCUCUGUGCUGACCUUCCACCUCGACCUGCUCUUCGAGCACCACCACCUGCCCGUGGAUGUGCGGCCCCUUCCCCGCAGGCCGGACUCCCCCCACAGCCACCCCCUUGGCCCUGCCCUGGUGGCUGCUCCCGCACAGAGCCGGGACCCUAGUGACCAGGCCGAGGGGGCUGAAGGCCGAGGUGGUGCUAGCCCAGAGCACCAGCUGACCACCAAUGGCCCCAGGAGGGCAGCCCUGGUGGGCUCGGAGGAAAGCGCUAGAUCCCAGUACAGCGCAGCAGCCGCCAAAUCACCCCCCAAUCCCCAGGCAGGCGUCUCCCUGAAGCAGACAUUCCAGCAGGUGCUGCAGUGGGGGGAGCAGUUCACCCAGACCCUUCUGGGACCUGAGGGUCCUGCCAAGCCUGAGAAACACCAGCAGCCUGUCCCGCAGGACACAGGAGAGAGGCGGGGCAGCUGGUGGGAGCAGCUAAGCCAGGCCUCCGGGGUCUACACCACGGCCACGAAGGAAAGGUUUCCCUUCACCCGCUGGACGAAGCUGCGGGUGGCUGCAGGGGACACCAGCUCCAGCCUAGCUGCUCCACCCCACGGAUCCAGCCAGGCUUCCGCGACUGAGUUCGGUGCUCAGGGAGGGGAGGGGGCCAGCAGCAGAGACCUGCAGCUCCUCAAGCCCAGAGCUGGGGAAGGAGGUGCCGAGGCUCCAGGUCCAACGCCCUCCAGCAAGGCAGGGAGCUUGGAGGCGCCUCAUGCUGAAAAGCUGCCGCCGCAGGCCAGGGCCAAGGGAUGCUCAGGCCCCAGGGAGACUGAGCCACCGGAGCCCUCUGCCAGCAAGACAUGCCUGCCUCCGUCCGAUGGGAGCCAGGCGGCCACGCCCAACCUGAACAUGGGCGGCUCCCCCAUCCGCCCUAACUGGCUGGGCCGACUCUUUGGGGCCACGUGUCCGCCUGCCAGAGGCUUCCCCGCCAACUCUGACACCAGUGCAGCCAAGUCCAGGAGACCUUCCAGCUGGCUGCCCCCCAGUGUGAACGUUCUCGCCCUGGUUCUGAACGGGGGGCCCUCUGAGAAGGCCUGGCCUCAGGAACAGCAAGAGAAGAAAGCGUCUGACUCGCCCCAGCUGCACAGGGCUGUGCGGGCGCUGUGUGACCACACCGGGGCUGGAGACGAUCACCUGAGCUUCAGGAGAGGGGACGUCCUGCAGCUCCUAGCCACAGUGGAUGAGGACUGGAUCCGCUGUUGCCAUGGAAACAACGCUGGCCUAGUUCCUGUUGGCUACACGUCCCUGAUUUUAUGAGGAGGAAUCCCGCAGGAAGCAUCUGCCGGCCCCAGGGCAAGAGCCGUGACCCUGUGAUUUCCCUAAGCAGCUUUUGGGGGCUAGUUCCAGGCCACGAGUGCGAAGAGUUCCCUGGUGUCAAUUCUCUGCUAUGUGGUAGCACCAAGACGCAGGCUCUAGCCAAGGGGCGCAGUGCCCAACGGCUCCCUGCCACCCAUGCUUCUCUGCAGCCCUGCCCCUGCAUCGCAAUGGUCCUGGUGUGUCUUUUGUGUGUUGUCUCAACUGUUGCCUUUCUGUGUCCCUCUGCUCCUGUGCAGUAAUCACACUUGAGUAUGUGUCAGCCCGGCAUGCCCGAGUGCUGCGCCCCCUCCCGCCCCCGGCUGGGUUGUGCAGCACGCAGACCCAGGCUGGAGCAGGGCAGUGGUUGGGCAACCCCAGCACCAUGUAAAUACCUGUGACCAUAGGAACAAAAAACACUGUCUGGGCAGCAAUGUGAGGGGAAAUAAAAGGUGCAACUGAAACACA